AAACAAACAGCAGGGGGCGCCAUGGCAACAGACUCUUGCAACGUCACAUCUACUGGCCGGAAAUAGUCAGCGGGACCCCUUGCAGGACGGAAUGGCCGGGCUGCUGAAAAGACCACGGGCCUGGUGGCCCUCGCUGUGGCCAAUAAUCCUCAUGAGAACCCAAAGCAGCGCUGGAGGCAAUUUGUCAAGUUCCAUUUGAAAAGGAGCAUGAGGAGACUGUUGGGCCCAGCACAAGCUCUCUGGCUUCUUAGAACGACAAACACACAGAGUCUCGUGUGCCGGCCACAUCACAAACAGGUGAUGGAAGAGGACAAGCCGUGCGCUCUGAUCUCAGAGCUGUGGAGCGAGCAUGCCUACCUGAAGGAGCUGAGUGACCUGCUGAAACAACACUUCCACACCAUCAGCUACAGAGAGUUCCUCCAAAAUCCUGCUCUUCAUGCCCCUAAAAUCCAGGCUAUUUUCAUGUGGGCCCCAAGUUCUGCAGCUGAGCCCUCACUGCUUCGAUCCCUUCCCUCCCUGAAGGUGAUCGCCAAUGGAGGUGCGGGCAUCGACCACCUGGAUCUGCCGUUCAUCGCCAGUCUUGGGGUGAAGGUCACUAACACACCGGGUGUGGUCAGCGAUGCCACUGCAGAUAUUGGAAUGGGUUUGCUUCUGGCAUCAGCACGGAAGAUUGUCCAGGGUCACCAAGUAGCUGUGGACCCUAAGACUAAUAAUUUAUCAUCCAAUCUGAUGGGAUUUGAAGUCACAGGAUCCACUCUGGGAAUCAUAGGAAUGGGACACAUUGGCUACAAAAUAGCCCAAAGAGGCAAAGGCUUUGAGAUGAAGAUCCUGUAUUACAACCGGAGCAGAAGAAGUGAUGAAGAUGAGAGGGCGGUGGGGGCGACUUACUGUGAGAACAUGGACGACCUGCUGAGGAGGUCGGACUUUGUCAUGUUGGCUGUGAACCUGACCCCUGAAACCACAGGUCUCAUCGGCCAAAGAGAGCUGUCUCUUAUGAAGCCCACAGCAACUCUGGUCAAUGUUAGCAGAGGUCUGGUUGUGGACCAGGAUGCCCUGGUCAAAGCUCUGCAGUCUGGGACGAUUCAUGCAGCAGCCUUAGACGUGACUCACCCUGAACUUUUACCAAGGGAUCAUCCUCUCCUCGGCCUGCUGAAUGUGCUGAUAACCCCUCAUGUUGGCACCGAUACCUACCAAACAACAAGGAGGAUGGUGGAGGUGAUGGUCGAAAAUGCCCGGGCUGCAGUGAAUGGCCUGCCAAUCCCAAAUGAAGUGAAACCUCAAUGACAAAACUAUUGAGCAC